AUGGGGUCCAUCGCUAUGGAAACUCUGCCGUUGCCGGAAUUCCUGGAGCGCAAGUAUGCAGCCGAGCGGGACAAGCGACUCCGCAGCGACGGCAACGCCCAGUACCUCAACCUCAUUGAAUCGGAUCGCUUCAAGCACCUCGAGCAGGAUCCCUGGGUGGAUCACGCGACGCUCAAUGCACAGGAACCCCCGAUGACCGAUGGAUCUUCGUGCAAAAUCUUUAUUCUGGGAGCCGGGUACAGCGGACUAGUCUACGCCGCCCGACUGAUCGAGGCAGGGUUCGCCGCGGAGGACAUUCGCCUGGCCGAUCGCGCCGGCGGCUUUGGUGGGACGUGGUACUGGAAUCGCUAUCCCGGGCUGAUGUGCGACAUUGAAAGUUACAUAUACCUGCCCCUGCUCGAGGAGACGGGUUACAUGCCAAAGCACAAGUAUUCGUACGGCCCGGAACUGCUCGAGCACGCGGAACGGGUCGCUGCGCAGUUCGACCUCACGGACAAGGCGCUUUUCCGAACCACCGUCGAGCGCAUGCAGUGGGAUGCCGUGCAGAGGCGGUGGCUUGUCAGCAUGACGCAGGAUCGAGGCCCGGAUCAGGCGCCCUUGGAGCUCGCGGUUCAGGCCCAGUUUGUCAUCACCGCGCCGGGCAUUUUGAAUCAUCCCAAGGUUCCCAAAAUCCCGGGCCUCGAUGAGUUCCAGGGACAUACCUUCCACACUGCCCGCUGGGACUACAACUACACCGGCGGCUCGCCGACCGACCCGGCGCUGACAGGCUUGAAGGAGAAGAAGGUGGGGAUCAUCGGCACCGGAGCGACCGCGAUCCAAGCCGUGCCCGAGCUCGCCAGGUGGGCAAAGGAGCUGUAUGUGUUCCAGCGGACGCCCGCCAGGGUAGAUGUGCGCGGCCAAACCGCCACGGACGCGGCGUUGUGGACGGGCAAAAUUGCCAGCAAGGCCGGGUGGCAGCUCGCACGACGAAGGAACUUCAACGCCGCACUCGCGCGGGUCUUGGUGGUCGGGGAGGAGGAAGACCUGGUCGCGGACGGAUGGUGCGCGACCCCCUCGGCGGCCUCCAGCCUGGGCAGUCCGUUGAAGGGCAUCAUUUCGCCGGAUAAAGUGGCGGAACACGUCGCCGAGGUCUACGCCCUCGACCAAGAGAGGUCGGAGAAGGUCCGGGCGCGCGUGGCGGCCAUCGUCCGCGAUCCCGACACCGCGGAGAAGCUGAAGCCGUGGUAUCCGGCGUGGUGCAAGCGGCCCGGGUUCCACGAUGAGUACCUCGCCGCCUUCAACCGGCCGAAUGUCCACCUCGUCGACACAGACGGCCGGGGCGUCGAGCGGAUCAACCGCACCGGCGUCGUCGUCGCAAACGGCGCCGGCAAGCAGCAGUACGACAUUGACCUGUUGCUUCUCAGCACGGGAUACCGCGCCCCCGCGGCACACAACGGGAGCCCCGCUGCGGCCGCCAAAGUCGACAUCAUCGGGCGGGACGGGCGGUCGCUCGAGGAAAAGUACCUCGCCCGCGGCGUGUCGACGCUGCACGGGAUCAGCUCGCACGGGUUCCCGAAUCUGUUCUUCUUCGGCGCCUCGCAGGCCGCCUCGGCCUUCAACCUCGUCUUCAUGACCGACGUGCAGGCCCAGCACGUUGCGUAUAUUCUGGCCGAAGCGAUGCGGCGGCAGCAACGGCAGCAACGGCAUGACUCAGAUGAUGCGGUCGUCGUCGAAGUCACCGAGGAGGCGGAGGAGGAGUGGGCUGCCGAGGUGGUGAAAAGAGCCGCGUGGUUCGCCGUCAUGGUCGGAUGCACGCCCAGCUGGCUAAACGGCGAGGGCGCGGCUUCGAUCAAAAGCGUCGACGGCGACGUGCGUGAGCAGGUCAAGAAGGCCCGCGCGGCACCUUGGGGCGAAGGCAUUCGCAGCUACGAAGACGUGCUCCAGCGUUGGCGCGAGGAAGGCAGUCUGAAAGGCAUCACUAUCACGGUUUAA